AUGGCUGCCGAAAAACGACAAAUUACGAGAAACAGGAUCAGUCUCAGUUGUCAGACAUGCCGACGUCGCAAGGUCAAAUGCUCAAAAUCUCGUCCAGUCUGUGAAUCGUGCGAGAAAACUGGUGAAGCAUGUGUAUGGGGCGAUAGUGAUAAGGCAAACAUCGGCUUACCGACACAACAACUAGUGGCUGACAGGCUUGACUUGCGCAAGCGGCGAGCGGCAGAGCUUGAGGAUAGCGACAAAUCCGAACACCAUGGCGCGCCAUCAUCCGUGAUAAAGGCUAUCGAACAGAAGCUCAAUAGCUUGAAUACCUUGAUGCGUGAUCUCAACCGGCUGACACCAGUUUCAAUCAGCAGCUCUCCCGGAAGCCAUCAGGAUCUUGACGGAGGUCGUACUUCAAGACAUGACUCCGGCCAUGACUCGUUCAUCGCUGCAUACGACCUCGAGCAGACAGCCCGCGACGAGGAUCUCGAAGAGCCUUGGAUGCACGUACUAAGCAAACUCGAUCAUUUGAAUAGCCUCUUGAAGUUGAAUGUACAGACUCGACCAGUUCCGAACAAAAUUCUUACAGAGGACACUACCCAGCAACGGGCCAUUGGCCAUAUUGAGCAGACCUUUUCCAGGCUGUGGAGGACUACUGAGGAAUCACCACAAGCGAUGGAUAUAUUUGGUACGGAGCUAGCACCUUCUGAGGACGAUUCAAACGUUUUGUUCCGCAGUUGGCUGUGGUCGACUUAUCCGUUACUUCCACUAAUACCUCCCCACCUUGUCCUUCGAAAAUACAACGAAUUCUUUGAUUGGUACCGAGGAGGAAUGGAUAGAGGGGAGCCCAAUCCGGAUACGUUUUUUAUGCCAUUCUUGGUAUCUAUAUGGUAUCUUGGACACCGCGCUUUAUCGGAGAAGGCAAAACAGAGGUGGUUUCCAUGGGCUAAAAAAUUCCAUCUGAAGGGAUUACAUUCCAAAUUUGUGCAUCAACUGGAUAUGUUGAAGACUGAAGGAACACAAUCUAUAUGGGCGUUGGCUGCGUCCGUGACCGCUCAAAGUUUAGCUUUGGAAGGCCAAGAUACCAUGACAAGCAGUUUAAGGAAUACUAUCAAUGUGCGGGUUGCGCAAAGUUUUGGUAUGCAUCACGAGAGAACACUGAAAGGGAUUGAUAAACACGACGUCGAGACAAGAAGACGAUUAUGGUGGGAGAUAGUGGCUCAAGACACGUCAUUGUCAGCGGUCGCGGGCACGCCGCCUAUGAUUGACGACUGCUAUACGGACACUGUCGUAGCUUCCGAGCUCAAAGGCUCUUACCUCGGCACGGAGGACGCGACGAAGUACCAGACGCAUCUGCAAGAGAAUGAGGUUGAACCAGAUCGCCCAGACGACCCUGUCGAUACGCAAUCCUCCUCUUUAGUGUCCGUAUACCAUCUUGUGGCGAAGGCAAAACACCAACUAGCUUUGGCAGUGAAGAGGGUCAUCAAAGCCAACAUGAAAGCGCAGCGUUUGACCAUGGACGAGUUGAAAGACGUAAGAAAGAUGGUUAUAGAAACUGCUUGUGAGAUUGAUAGGGUGAUCAACCGUAUACCAACUCGUGGAGUGCCUGAAUUGGAUUUCAAUCCUCAGACUAUCGGGAAGACAAUUGAUUUUGACCAUUUAGACAGUAUGUCUGCACUAGUCACUGAGCAGGAAAUCAGCUACUUUCUUCGUGAGAGUUCCGAUCGGGAAGACAUGAACGUUCCAUCCAUGCAGCAUCGAACAACCAUCGCAGCAUUCCACAAAUGGGCACGUAUAAUGUUAUCGUUGAUGAAAGACCAGCUGAAUUGCAUAACAUACGCACCAUUCCUGAAGAACUCGAAGAGUCGUUUGUGGGCAGUAUCGAGAAACUGCGCAAUGAGAAGUUGUCAUGGCUUUAUGAGAAAGUUCAUCUCCCUUGCUGAAGAUCCCGAAUUGCGAAAUUUUAGGUGGUUGUGGCCUACAGGUUUUCAUCCAAUCCAUGCUACAAUAAUUCUUCUGGUCGAUCUCCACGACAGACCGCACAGCGACGAAGCUCCUCGAUCCCGUGCAAUGAUUGAUAGGAUGUUCUCGCUGGCAGCUCGAGAGACAGCAGAUGAGGAGAGCGAGAACUCAUGCAGUAUUGCUGUCCCACUGAAAGAAGGUGGCGAAGAAGCAUGGCAGAUGCUGCGAAAGCUGAGACACAAAGCAUGGAAUAAAGCUGGUCUCGAUCCGGAUGUUCUCUGGUCUGAAGAAGACCAAAUUGCGGUUGGCGUUGGCAAACCGCUAAAUCAGAAUGACCUGUUCAUUCGCAGUCUUCGCGAGGACAUCAUUUUCAGCCACAAGCAGAGGCACAACAUGGCAGAUAUCAACGCGAAGAACAGCAGUAAUCUCUACGGUUCCUAUCUCCGUGAUCCACAAGCUAAGGACGCAAUGAAACAACGUUUCCACCCUUCAGAACUUGGGCCAGGAGAAGCAAUCUCCGGUCCGGUGACUCGUGGAGUGAUAGACUUGGACCAAGUUGAGGUGCCACCAAUACUACUGCUACGAGCUCGUCACGAUCAGACCUUGAUGCCUUUCCCGCUAGGACAGUCUGGUUCCUGCACACAUAUCGACGACGCGAACGUCAAUACACUAACAGACAAUUCAGUGAAACAGAACACAGAAGAGACUGAAAUAUUCCACAUUGGCGAGUUAAUCAAGAAGAUUCGACAGUCCCAGCCACAAGCAAAAUCAGCCAAUAUCCAACCAGUUGCGAUGCCUGCGAUUGAUUCUGGCCCUUGGAAUACACCAAUUCCAGACGACAUGUCCUGUAAUUUUCGCAACUUCGACAACAGCAGAACGACAACGUAUCAGCAAAGCUCAGAAACGUCAGACACUGUCCCAAAGAGUGCUUUCGACAUCUCUCCACUUCAAAACCAGCCAUUCCCGAGCUCGAAUCUACCUAUUUCGACUUGUGGGGCUCAUUCAAGCACAGUACCCUUACAAUUUACGCAAGAACCGCGACAGAUUACUGUUGUGCAGGAAGCCACUCCAUCGAAUUUCCUGCAGUUCGAAAACGGAGUAAAUAUUCAUGAUGGUGAUAUGAUCGCUGAUGUAGGUACUACAAACGAUAUGGACUUUGACUGGGAUAGGUGGGAUGAGUUGUUUGGUCAUUUCGGAGGAUUUGAGGAUAUGAUGGUGGAUGUUACCAACGACGAGCAUGCUGUUGUAUAUCAUUGA